UGCAGUACAGUGCGCUCUGAGCGGCGUACACUAUUAUGGAGCGGCGACACUGGUCCUGAGGAGACAUUAACAUCACCAGAGAAAAAAAGGAGAUCGUGCCAUCACUCUGAUACUUCCACAAAGGUUUUCUUUAUUUUAAUAGAUAUUUGCGAAACGGAUUAUAACAAAGGAUCAGCUGCGGUCUGAUAAAGGAAUAAAAAUGGGAAGCCGGGGACACUACCGGUACCACUGGCAAAGCCACAAUGUUAAGCAGAGUGGUGUGGAUGACAUGGUGCUGCUCAGCAAGAUCAGUGAGGACGCCAUUGUGGAAAACCUAAAGAAGAGAUACAUGGAUGACUUCAUUUUUACAUACAUUGGUCCUGUGCUCAUCUCUGUAAACCCUUUCAAGCAAAUGCCUUACUUUGGGGAUAGAGAAAUUGAGAUGUACCAAGGCGCAGCUCAGUAUGAGAACCCUCCCCAUAUCUAUGCACUAGCUGAUAACAUGUACAGAAACAUGAUGAUUGAUCGUGAGAACCAAUGUGUCAUUAUCAGUGGUGAGAGUGGAGCAGGAAAGACAGUAGCAGCAAAGUACAUCAUGAGCUACAUCUCCAAAGUAUCCGGUGGAGGUCCCAGAGUACAGCAUGUUAAAGACAUCAUUCUGCAGUCCAAUCCUCUGCUGGAGGCCUUUGGAAAUGCUAAGACAGUGAGGAACAACAACUCUAGUCGAUUUGGGAAAUACUUUGAGAUUCAGUUCAGUUCUGGUGGUGAGCCAGAUGGUGGGAAAAUCUCCAACUUCCUUUUGGAAAAGUCACGGGUUGUGAUGCGGAAUCCUGGUGAGAGGAGCUUCCACAUCUUCUACCAGUUAAUAGAGGGAGCAGGUGCAGACCAGAAAAGCAGUUUGGGCAUCACCAACCUGGAUUACUACUCUUACCUCAACCAGUCAGGUUCCUACAAGGUUGAAGAUAUUAACGACAAGCACGAUUUCCAGGAAACCAUGCAUGCCAUGGAUGUGAUCGGUAUCACAGGGAUGGAUCGCAACAUGGUGCUGCAGAUUGUGGCAGGAAUUCUUCACCUUGGCAACAUUGCCUUCAGGGAAGCAGGGAAUUAUGCUGCUGUUGAAAAUGAUGAGUUUCUGGCAUUUCCUGCCUUUCUUUUGGGCAUCAAUCAGCACCGUCUGAAAGAAAAACUCACCAGCCGUAAGAUGGAUGGCAAGUGGGGUAAAUCAGAGUCCAUAGACGUGACGUUGAAUGUGGAACAGGCGUGUUUCACACGAGAUGCUCUCUCUAAAGCUUUGCACUCUCGUGUUUUCGACUACCUGGUAGAGUCAAUUAAUAAAGCCAUGGUGAAGGACCAUCAAGAGCUGAACGUUGGAGUAUUGGAUAUCUAUGGCUUUGAGAUAUUCCAGAAAAAUGGAUUUGAACAGUUCUGUAUCAACUUUGUGAAUGAAAAACUGCAGCAGAUUUUCAUUGAGUUGACUCUUAAAGCUGAACAGGAUGAGUAUGUACAGGAAGGAAUCCGAUGGACUCCUAUAGAGUACUUCAACAACAAGAUCGUCUGUGACCUCAUUGAGAGUAAAAUUAAUCCUCCAGGGAUCAUGAGUAUACUGGACGAUGUUUGUGCUACGAUGCAUGCGAAGGGUGAAGGCGCAGAUCAGACUAUGCUGCAGAAGCUCAGAAUGCAGAUCAAUAACCACGAGCACUUUAACAGCUGGAACCAGGGCUUCAUCAUCCACCAUUACGCUGGCAAGGUGUCCUAUGACGCAGAAGGCUUCUGUGAGAGGAACAGGGAUGUGCUGUUUACGGACCUGAUCGAGCUGAUGCAGAGCAGUGAAAUACCUUUCAUCCGUUCCCUGUUCCCGGAAAACCUCAAUGCUGAGAAGAAAGGCAGGCCCACUACUGUAGGGAGUAAAAUCAAGAAACAAGCCAAUGAUCUGGUGAGUACUUUGAUGAAGUGUACACCUCACUACAUCCGCUGUAUCAAACCCAAUGAGACUAAGAAGCCCAAAGACUGGGAGGAGAGCAGGAUGAAGCACCAGGUGGAGUAUCUUGGUCUGAAGGAGAAUAUUAGAGUGAGGCGUGCCGGCUAUGCAUACAGAAGAGUCUUUUGCAAGUUCCUGAACAGGUAUGCCAUUCUGACGAAGGAGUCAUGGCCGACAUGGCGUGGGGAUGAGAAGCAGGGUGUGCUGCACCUCCUGCGCUCUGUAAACAUGGACCAGGACCAGUAUCAGCUUGGACACACUAAAAUUUUCAUCAAAGCCCCAGAGUCGCUCUUCCUGCUGGAGGAGACGAGAGAUCGUAAAUUCGAUGGUUAUGCCAGAGCCAUUCAGACAGCAUGGCGAAAAUAUUGUGCCCGCAAGAAAUAUGUUCAAAUGAGAGAGGAGGCCUCUGAUCUGCUGCUGAACAGGAAGGAGAGGAGAAGACACAGCCUGAACAGGAACUUUGUGGGUGAUUAUAUUGGUAUGGAUGACCGGCCCGAGCUAAGGCAGUUUUUGGGCAAGAGGGAGAAGAUUGAUUUUGCGGACAAAGUCACCAAAUAUGACAGGCGAUUUAAGAGCAUUAAGAGAGACCUGAUCCUCACCCCUAAAUCAAUCUACCUGAUUGGAAGAGAAAAAGUAAAACAGGGGCCGGAGAAGGGACAGGUGAAAGAGGUCCUGAAGCGUAAAAUUGAUGUUGAGAAGAUUCUGGCUGUUUCUCUGAGCAUAAUGCAGGACGACUUUAUGAUCCUACAUGAGGAGGAGUAUGACAGCCUGCUGGAGUGUGUAUUUAAGACGGAGUUCAUCAGUUUACUGGCACGCAGAUAUGAAGAGAGAACUCCGAAAAAACUACCUCUUAAAUUUAGCACCACGCUGGAAAUGAAAGUAAAGAAAGAAGGAUGGGGACCCUGGAAUGCAGGAGGAUCCAGACAGGUGCAGUUCAUCCAGGGACAAGGGGAUGUAGCUGUGCUGCGACCCUCAAACAAAAUGCUGCAGGUCAGCAUUGGACCAGGUCUGCCCAAGAACUCACGUCCUACGAAGAAAGGCAUCAUCACUCAAAACCGCUCCAACAUGUCCAGAUCGCACCACCACACCCCAACACGCUUCGCACCUGGCCCCCCAGUUGUUCACCAGAAUGGAGCGCCAAAGAAUGCAAAUCACACCGCCAAUCAAAGGAACUCGCAACAUCACAACAAUCAGAGGCUGACAUCAGGAAAUACAGCCCGCCCAUUCCUGCCUACUAAUGUCAGUCAGCGCAAGGACAGGGGCAGCAGACAGGCACCCCAGCAACACAACCUGGAUUUCCUUAAAGUACCAGAUCAAGGGGCUGCAGGCAGAAAUCGCCAAGCAUCUGGAAAUGGAGGAAUGGCCCACAGACAGUCCACCAGCAGGCCCACUCCAGGAGGUGGCCGGCCCAAACCUGCACCCAAGCCCAAGCCCCAGGUGCCUCAGUGUAAGGCUCUUUAUGCUUAUGAUGCCCAAGAUACAGAUGAGCUCAGUUUCAAUGCAGAUGACAUCAUUGAAAUUGUUAAAGAAGAUGCCUCUGGAUGGUGGACAGGUAGACUGAGAGGUAAACAAGGCCUUUUUCCAAACAACUACGUGACCAAGAUCUAACCUCUUCUGAUGUCGACGAGGCCUGAGUUUUUGAAUCUCAGCAAACUCAUUAGAUAAAGGAAGGAAAUUGAGAAAAUAUAAAUUCAGAAGAUGAAGGACAGUGAUGUGCCAUGGCUGUGGUUGACUCCUCGUAAGCUCUGCAUUCUGUUGCCAUGAACACUUAAAGGUACAGACGUGUAGUGUGCGGCUGUAUUCCGAAGAGCAGGCCAUGACCGCCACUAAACUUUUCUCCAGGGCACUAAUACCUUGUGGGCACUGAUCAAAGCUAUUUAUUGUAUUUAUAGCAUUCUACAGUUUAUUUCUGAUGUGGUUUGUUCAUCUGUCAUUGAUAUUUAAGGUGAUCUUAUUUCACUUGAAGAGAUGAAGUAGCCAUUGUAUGUGGGAACUGGUCUUUAUUUAAUUUUGCUUUUGAAAUUGAUAGAUGUUAUAUGUAAAUGAAAGUGCUUGCAUUUAGUCACCUGCUGUUUGUGAUUUUAUUUUUCAAAGCUCUUGAAGUCAUGUCCAAAUCAAUAGAUUUAGUGGAGAGUAUAUUGCUGCUAAUGACCAUUUUAACAUUUUAUUGCCUUCCAGGUUCUAGAUUAGAGAAUCCCAAAUGUAUAAAAUUCACAGCAACUCUUAAAAACCAUGGACUGUAUGUGUAUGAAAUUGUUAAUCUUGGUUGCAUGCUGAAUGUAAAAUUGUGCAAGAAAUGCAAGUUUUGUAAAACUAAAUUUUAUAGAACAAUGUUAUUUCCAUGCAUUAUUUCAUUUAUAGACCCAUAAUCACAUGUCCUCAAGUUACUGUACAGUAAGUGUAGUAUAAAGCACUUAAUCAGCAUAACCUUAGACAAAUGUUCUAAUCAGGUCAUCCAAACCACUGUUUGAUCAAGAAAGUACUAGUCAAAGAAUUUGGAAAUGGUUUACAUGAAUAUUACUGUAUUUUACAGAAAUGUGCAUCUUUGGGUGGAUGUGCUUUAUUUUGCAGUAUAAAACAAGUCUCACACAAAAUGGUUAAUUUUUCAUUUGUAGAUAGUACUUGGCAGGUUUUAAUUUGGCAUUUUCUGUUGGAUCAUUUUUAACAAGCAGUUGUCUAAAAUGUCAGCGCCUAUGGUUUCUAAUCAGCUGCAUUUUUUGCAUACUUAAACAUAUGUGCAAUAUCAUUGACAGCAGGGGGGAAAUAUUUUGGGGCUUUAAUUUUAAUAAAUCAUGAGCAGUUGUA